UUGCGGCUUCCUCCAGGCGCCCCGCCUCUUGGGCUCCCGGGGCCGCCCCCGGCCCCCAUUCUGCCCGGCCUGGCGGUGGCGGCCUCCGCGGCGACUGGCCCGGCGGCCCGGAGUCGGAGCGCGCCAGGGUGGUCCAGCCUGGAGAGCCCAGCUGUCAACGCCAGGAGGAAGGAUGUCGUGUGGACCCCUGCGGGCCGGCUCUCCUGCAGGGGUGGCCCUGGCCACUACUCUAUUGGCACUGUGGUUUUGCCUCACAGGAGCAGUGGACGUACAGGUCCCCUUAGAUCCCGUAGUGGCCCUGGUGGGCACCGAUACCACGCUGCACUGCUCUUUCUCACCCGAACCCGGCUUCAGCCUGGCCCAGCUCAGCCUCAUCUGGCAGCUGACCGACACCAAACAGCUGGUGCACAGCUUUACCGAGGGCCAGGACCAGGGCAGCGCCUAUGCCAACCGCACCACUCUCUUCCCGGACCUGCUGGCCCAGGGCAAUGCAUCCCUGAGGCUGCAGCGUGUGCGAGUGGCUGACGAGGGCAGCUUCACCUGCUUCGUGAGCAUCCGUGACUUUGGUAGCAGCAGUGCAGCUGUCAGUCUGCAGGUGGCAGCUCCCUAUUCCAAGCCCAGCAUGACCUUGGAGCCCAACAAGGACCUUCGGCCUGGGGACACGGUGGCCAUCACUUGCUCCAGCUCACGUGGCUACCCUGAGGCUGAGGUGUUGUGGCAGGAUGGGCAGGGCACAACGCUGAGUGGCAACGUGAGCACGUCGCAGAUGGCAGAUGGGCAGGGCCUGUUCGAGUUGCACAGUGUGCUGAGCAUGGUGCUGGGUGCCAACGGUACCUACAGCUGCCUGGUGCAAAACCCAGUGCUGCAACAGAACGUGCACGACUCCGUCACCAUCACGCCCACCAGAAGCCUCCCAGGAACAGUGGACGUCCAGGUCCCCUUAGAUCCUGUGGUGGCCCUGGUGGGCACCGAUACCACGCUGCACUGCUCCUUCUCACCCGAACCCGGCUUCAGCCUGGCCCAGCUCAGCCUCAUCUGGCAGCUGACCGACACCAAACAGCUGGUGCACAGCUUCACCGAGGGCCAGGACCAGGGCAGCGCCUAUGCCAACCGCACCACUCUCUUCCCUGACCUGCUGGCCCAGGGCAAUGCAUCUCUGAGGCUGCAGCGUGUGCGAGUGGCUGAUGAGGGCAGCUUCACUUGCUUCGUGAGCAUCCGGGACUUCGGCAGCGCUGCUGUCAAUCUGCAGGUGGCAGCCCCUUACUCCAAGCCCAGCAUGACCUUGGAGCCCAACAAGGACCUGCGGCCUGGGGACACGGUGACCAUCACUUGCUCCAGCUCUCGUGGCUACCCCGAGGCCGAGGUGCUAUGGCAGGACGGGCAGGGCGCGACACUCAGCGGCAAUGUGAGCACGUCGCAGAUGGCAGAUGCGCAGGGCCUAUUCGAGGUGCGCAGCGUGCUGAGCGUGGUACUGGGCGCCAACGGCACCUACAGCUGUCUGGUGCGCAACCCAGUGCUGCUGCGGGACGCACACGGCUCCGUCACCGUCACAGGACAGCCCAUGACAUUUCCCCCUGAGGCCCUGUGGGUGACCGUGGGGCUCUCAGUCUGCCUCGUGUUGCUGCUGUUGGCCCUGGCUUUUGUUUGUUGGAGAAAGAUCAAACAGAGUUGUGAAGAGGAGAACGCAGGUGCUGAGGACCCAGAUGGGGAUGGAGAAGGAUCCAAGACAGUCCUGCGGCCUCUGAAACACAAGGAAAGCAAAGAAGACGAAGGACAAGAAUUAGCCUGACUGGUGGACUGAGGGGCGGCUGGUCCUGCCCAAGGGAUGCCCACCUCUAUCUGCACUGCGGCCUCAAUGUCAGCUCUGGGACUUGGUACU